AUGCGCUUCUGGCUGAGUGCGGCGCUCGUGGCGGCGAUCUUGCCCUCGCUAUGUCUCGGAGAAACCCAAGGCAAAGCAUUGGGAACUCCUACACAGGUGCUGGCCGACGUCCCAAAAUGCGCAGCCAGCUGCUUGAUGACGGCCGUGUCCAAGUCAUCAUGCUCGCUCUCUGACAUGCAGUGCAUCUGCGAGACCAAGUCAAUCGACGACGAAGCCAGCCAGUGCAUCCUGCACUCGUGCUCGCUCCCUGACGCACUCGCGGCCAAGAACGUCACGUCGACAGCCUGCAACGCACCUAUUCGAGACAAAUCGGCCCAGUAUAGCACAAUGUCCAUUUCACUCGGGUCCGUCACAGUGUUCAUUGUCCUGGCUCGCAUCAUCUUCAAAGGCUUCUUCAGCACGACUCGGUCCCUCGCUCCCGACGACCAGGUCAUCCUCGGCACGCUCGCCCUCCGCGUGUCCUGCAUCAUCAUCAACGUCCGCGGCCUAGCUCACCACGGCCUGGGCAAGGACGUAUGGACCCUGCCUAUGGAACAGGUGACGACAUUUGGCAUGUACUUCUUCAUCAUGGAAGUGCUAUACUUUGUCGAAUUAUCCCUCGUCAAGCUUAGUCUGUCGCUAUUUUACAUGAGUAUCUUUCCCGGGACCAAUAUCCGCCGGUUACUCUUAGGAACCGCCAUCUUUAACGGGGUGUUCGGCCUGACAUUUGCUCUGGCCGCCAUUUUUCAGUGCACACCGGUUAGCUACUUCUGGACUCAAUAUGCGGACCCUCUCGGCGGCCACUGCGUCAACAUCAAUGUUCUCGGAUGGGCCAACGCUGCCAUCAGCGUGGCAGUGGACCUUUGGUUGAUCGCCAUACCCCUAAGUCAGGUUCCGAAGCUGAGCUUGCACUGGAAAAAGAAGAUGGGGGUGGUUAUCAUGUUCGUCAUGGGGACUUUCGUCACCGUCGUCUCGAUCUUACGGCUGCAAUCUCUCAUCUUCUUUGCCAACUCGACCAACCCAACUUAUGAUGAGUGGAGCGUUGCCAACUGGUCCACCAUCGAGGUCAAUGUCGGCAUGAUUUGCACGUGCCUCCCGAGCGUACGGCUCAUCCUUGUGCGGCUGUUCCCUCGCCUGGGAUCCGGGUCCAAGAGCGGGAGAUCGUACGGCGUAGAGUCUCACGCGCAGUCAAAGCUGUCAAACGCCAGGGGCACCAACGAGCAGCAUCAUCUGUCCGACAUGGAGUCCGGAAAGGUGCAUCCGUGGCAGCGCAUCGAGACCGAGUCGAUAUCAUGA